AUGGAUACUGAUGGUAGUUCUUUUGACGGUGGAUUGAGAAAGCUUACAGACGUUGAACUUGUUCACAAAGUGAGUUUGGAGGAACAUGAAUGGGAGCAGCGCAUUAACGAUCCAUCGAAGUGGUUGGAGAUGUCUCCAGAAGAACAAGAAUUGAAACGAAAGACCGGUAAAGCUGUAUUCCGGUCAAUCACAUAUAAUGAGUGUGAGUUAGACGGUUCUGACCUCAACAUACCUCCAUCGCCAGAAAAUCCUCAUCCAUUUGUUCCAUCAAAGCAUUCUCCUCCUGUCUACACUCACUCUCUUGUACCGUUUGUUAACUAUUCAUUUCUUCUACAGAUACUUGUGGAUAUUGGGGUCAAUUUAUUUGAGGUUGAACAAAAUACACGAGCUGGUAAACAUUUGCUACGAUUGGACUUGGAGAAAGACGUCAGACCAAAGCUUCGGUGGCUUCUUUCUCUUGGCUUUCAUGUUAGUGAUUUGGGUGUUUAUCUUACAAAAAAUCCAUUCUACUUGCUGCAAGACCUUAGCGACAUGCAGGUUCGUGUUAAUUAUUUGAUGUCAAUGAAAUUCUCAACGGAAGACGUGUGCAAAAUUAUUAGGGAGUUUAGGUACUGGUUAAAUGUGGAUGUGAAAGUAAUGGAUUCUCGACUUGGGUGGGUGCAGAAACAGUUUGGCUUGAAUGGCAAUGAAGUACGGGCUCUCAUUCGCAAAGAAGCUCGAAUUUUGAUGUUUGGCUUAGGUCCACUGCAGCGGCUUGUGGGACUUUUCAAUAAAGAGCUUGAAUUUUCUCCUAAGCAAGUGAAAGGAAUCCUUCUCGCUGACCCUCGAGUGUUCAUGAUGGAAGCCAAGUUCAUUAGGACGAACUACGACUACGUUCAUCGCACAAUGCGCCUUUCAAAUUCCAUAAUUGCGAAGCAUCCAUUCAUUCUUCGCUGUUCUCAUAGCAGUAUUCGCAACAGGUAA